UAGAAAGCAGAAGACAAAACAAUAGGUUAAUUUUAACUGCGUGUUUUUUUUAUAUAUAAAAAACGUUUUUUGAUUAAAAAGUUUUGACUGAAAACAUAUAUCAUUUGAAAUUAUUGAUACUAUGGAUUCAAAUAAGAGAAAAACAAACUGGUACAGUAAUAAUUAUAAAAAACGAAAACAAUUUUCAUUUGAACCCGGUAUGAAGGGAUUCUUGUGCACGUGCAAUUUUCGAGAAAAAGACUGCAUUCGUGAUGUUUAUAAAUUGUUAAAUGAAUAUUCUGAUAAGCUUAAUGGCAUAGAAAAAUGUCAGAAUGAUAAUGAAACAAAUUCUCAAGAAGAUGAUGAUAUUUCAACUGCUUUAAGUAAAGAAAUUGAUGAACUUCAAGCUGAUGCAAAAAAAGGAUCGAAAAAAAAAUUUCAAGUAAUAGAAACUGGAGUAAAAAAUGUUCUUUUUAUUCAAACAACAGUUUCUGAUCCAUUAACAUUGGCAAUGAGUAUUAUAAAAGAUGUAUAUGAGACUAAACAGCAACGUUCCAGAUUUUUAUUAAGAUUAGUACCCGUAGAAAUUGUAACUAAAGCAUUUAUGGAUGAUUUAAGAUCUAAAGCUGAUGCAGUUUUGGAAAAAUACUUUUCACAAGAACCAAAGACUUUUAGUAUUGUAUUUAAUCGACACAGUAAUAGUAAUAUCCAAAGAAGUGAAGUUAUUGAGGAUUUGGCUGCUAUAAUUACAAAAAAGAAUCCAGGAAACAAAGCUGAUUUAAAGAAUCCUGAAAUAGCUGUGAUUGUUGAAGCAAUACGUGGUUUUUGUCUUAUUUCUGUAGCUCCUAAUUAUAUGUCAUACAAGAAAUAUAAUUUAUUAGAAAUGUGCAAUCCAACACAACAAAAAAGUAACGAAAAGAAUUCUGAAAAUUCUACCGAAGCAAUUGAUGUUAAAAAUGAUACUGCAAUUGUUGAUAUAGAAUCUGGUGUUGAUGCAAAAAAUGAUGCAGUUGAUUUAAAAAAUGACAGCGAGAUUGAUUCAAAAAUUGAUGAUGCGGUUGAUGAAAAAAUAAAUGAUACAAAAAUGGAUGAUAAAAUUGAAGCAAAAAUGGGUGAUGCAGAAAAUGCAAAAGUGGAUAUAAUUCCUGAAAAAAUGGAUCAAUAAAAAAAAAAGGAAAAGUGUCUAAAAAUUUGUUUAUUUGAUUAACUUUUCUGUAUUUUGUUUUUUUUUUUACUACAAAAAACUAAUUUUCUUUUCUAUUAAUAAUCGUUUAUAAUUUCUAUAUAUUAAAAUACAGUUGUAUUAAAAUACAACAGAAAUAUUUCUAUAAUACAAGUUGUAAAAUAGAAUAUGCAAUUUAUAUGUUAAAAAAAAUUGUACCAAUUUCAUAAUUUUUUUUUCAUCAUUCUGAUAAGUUUUGCUUUAUAAAAUAAAUGUUCUAUUUUUCUA